AAUAAUAAUAAUAAUAAUAAUAAUAAUAAUAAUAAUAAUAAUAAUAAUAAUAAUAAUAAUAAUAAUAAUAAUAAUAAUAAUAAUAAUAAUAAUAAUAAUAAUAAUAAUAAUAAUAAUAAUAAUAAUAAUAAUAAUAAUAAUAAUAAUAAUAAUAAUAAUAAUAAUAAUAAUAAUAAUAAUAAUAAUAAUAAUAAUAAUAAUAAUAAUAAUAAUAAUAAUAAUAAUAAUAAUAAUAAUAAUAAUAAUAAUAAUAAUAAUAAUAAUAAUAAUAAUAAUAAUAAUAAUAAUAAUAAUAAUAAUAAUAAUAAUAAUAAUAAUAAUAAUAAUAAUAAUAAUAAUAAUAAUAAUAAUAAUAAUAAUAAUAAUAAUAAUAAUAAUAAUAAUAAUAAUAAUAAUAAUAAUAAUAAUAAUAAUAAUAAUAAUAAUAAUAAUAAUAAUAAUAAUAAUAAUAAUAAUAAUAAUAAUAAUAAUAAUAAUAAUAAUAAUAAUAAUAAUAAUAAUAAUAAUAAUAAUAAUAAUAAUAAUAAUAAUAAUAAUAAUAAUAAUAAUAAUAAUAAUAAUAAUAAUAAUAAUAAUAAUAAUAAUAAUAAUAAUAAUAAUAAUAAUAAUAAUAAUAAUAAUAAUAAUAAUAAUAAUAAUAAUAAUAAUAAUAAUAAUAAUAAUAAUAAUAAUAAUAAUAAUAAUAAUAAUAAUAAUAAUAAUAAUAAUAAUAAUAAUAAUAAUAAUAAUAAUAAUAAUAAUAAUAAUAAUAAUAAUAAUAAUAAUAAUAAUAAUAAUAAUAAUAAUAAUAAUAAUAAUAAUAAUAAUAAUAAUAAUAAUAAUAAUAAUAAUAAUAAUAAUAAUAAUAAUAAUAAU